AUUAUCCUCAUCAUAUCAAACAACCCCUAAAAGAUAUACUUAUGAUCAUUUAGAGCCUAAAUUAAAAGUAGCGGAAUGAUGUGGACUUCUCUGUUAAAUAUUCAAACUAGGGAGAAAGUUAUGUACUAAUAUUUACAAAUUGGACGCGAUGUCGCCACGAUUUGUGGAAGAAAAAAAGACACGAAGUAAAGUAACACGACGCCGUUUCAUUGCCUCUAAAAUAUAGGAAGAUUUAUUCGUUAUUAUUAUUACAAGUUGCAAAAAUCAGAAGAAUCGGGCCAAUUGAAUCCCUACAAAAAUGUCUUACUAUCCAAAAGGCUACCAUGGCGAAGACGACGGUGCUGACUUCGACGAGUAUGAUCCAACUCCUUAUGGGGGUGGAUACGACAUCGCUUUGACUUAUGGUCGUCCACUUCCACCAUCUGAUGAGACUUGUUAUCAGCCUUCUUUAGCUUCUGAUGAAUUUGACUAUGAUCGUCCUCAGUAUUCUUCUUAUGCUGAACCUUCUGCUUAUGGCGAUGAAGCUCUUGAGAGUGAGUAUCAGAGUUAUUCAAGGCCUAAGCCUCGCCCGGAUUAUCGUCCGUCGAAGGAGGGGUAUGGGUACGAUCAGCCUCAGGCUGAUUAUGGGUUUCAGCCUGGAGUGAAUCGACCUGGUGGUGGUGGUGGAGAAAGUGAAUAUGGAUCUGGGUAUGGAAGGAAGAGUGAGUACGAACAGCCAAGUUCCGAAUACGGAUCUGGGUAUGGGAGGAAGACUGAGUAUGAAGAACCGACCCCCCAAUAUGGAUCUGGGUACGGGAGAAAGACUGAAUAUGAAGAGCCCACUCCCCAAUAUGGAUCUGGGUACGGGAGAAAGUCUGAAUAUGAAGAACCCACUCCCCAGUAUAGAUCCGGGUAUGGAAGGAAGAGUGAGAAUGAAGAACCCACUCCCAAGUAUGGAUCUGGGUAUGGGAGAAAGAGUGAAUAUGAAGAACCCACUCCCCAAUAUGGAUCCGGGUACGGAAGGAAGAGCGAAUAUGAAGAACCCACUCCUCAAUAUGGAUCCGGGUAUGGAAGGAAGAGUGAAUAUGAGGAGCCAAGUUCGGAAUACGGGUCGGGGUACCGAAAGAAGAGUGAAUAUGAGGAGCCAAGUUCCGAAUACGGGUCGGGUUAUGGGCGUAGAACUGAAUCUGAUGAAUAUGGAUAUGGGAGGAAGCCAAGCUAUGGACAGGAGGAAGGUUAUGGGCGUUCAAGCUACCAGCCUGAGGAGGGGGAAGGAUACGAUAGGCCUCGAUAUGGGAGGUCUGAGGAGGAGGAUUACAGGAAGCCCAGCUAUGAGAGGCGUGGUGACGAUGAUGAGGGCUAUGGCCGCAAGAAAUAUGGCGAUGACAACUCCGAUGAUGACGAGGAGAAGAAAUAUCGCCGCCACCACCAUCACCGCAAGCACUACGAUGAUUGAGCAGUGUGCUUUGUCAUAAUCUGAAUCAGAUUCAUGCCAUAAUAAAAUCUAUCACUACUAAAAUAAAGUUGGCAUGUUUGCACAAUGAUUUUUCUUGCGUGUUUGCUAUGUUGGCACUUGGCUGCUGUACUUUCUAGUUAUUUGUGUGACGUAUAUUUUGCUCUUCCUGUUGCAAAACAAUAUCCCAGACAUUUGUCAGUGUGGGUAUGCGAUGAAUGCAUAAACUGUUAUCGUUA